AUGGCCGGCGAUUCAACCCCCAAAGCCAACCUCAAUGCCGACCACAGCGAAAGCGAUUACGCCCAGCGGUUCGAAAUCUCAGAAAGAGCCCAGACAACUGCAGUGCGGGCUGAAUCUGAAGCUCGGGCUGCGAUUGGUGAUGUUCUAGAGGACAUCGCAACCAGCCCAUUCUCAUCCAGAAGCCCGCCUCAAAAUUUAAGUGUAGGCCCACGCGAAGGUCUAGAGGGCAGCACCGGCACCACCGGCGCGUCCAACGAUGCCACUAGAGCGCUCCUUGGUCUACAGAGAGGAGAAGAAGAGAAGCACGUGGCAGCACCCAAAAGAAAAAGGGCAAAGCCAGCUAUUACGUUGCGGCCCACCGCCAGCUUCGGUGCCUAUCACGACUUCAUGCAGAAUUUGGUGACGCGUAUGGGGCCAAGGCAUUUUGCGGCCUACGAAGAUAGUGUAUUCAGACACUACGUCCAAUUUGGCCCACCUGGCGUCGAUCUUCCCACCUUUGAGCACAUUUUGAGUCAGUGGGACAAGAAGAGCAAAAAAUUCGUCUUCACCGAUAGGAAUGAUGGAGAAGAGAUCCCAUGCUCAUUCAACCUUGAGUGGGUAAUGGAGCAUACAUGGUUCUCCAAUGAGGGGCUUCAUGUUGACCACAAUCGGGACAGGAAAAAUAGGAUUUGGUCCAGGUUCUUUGACAAACCCGAGACGGGGGGUUCCAGCAGUAUAGCUCCCCCCAAAGGAGGCCCCACCAGACGCAAUGUGGAGGACCUGCUCUUGAAGCUGGUACUAUCUUCUGAUCGCCGAGAUGUGAAGGACUUUGUCCUGCUACAGAUCCUCUAUCAGCUGAGCAUGAUUUGGUGUCCAAGCAGUGUUUCCGGCGUUCCUAGGCAUUUAUUCAAGUACGUCGACAGCAUCGAACAGGUCAACAACACUGCUUGGGGGACCUAUAUAUUCAGUGAGACAUCUGACGCGAUAGAGAGGGCACUGAAGGGUCCUGAGCCAGGGAAGACGACAUUAUAUCUGCAAGGGUGUACCCCUCUAGUUUGUUUGUGGUAUUAUGAACUCACCGGCAUCAAGAAGCCAGCACUUGGUUGUACGGUGAGGCCUCCCCUGACAAAUUGGGUGAGACUUGGGCACGUUGCUGGUUCUUUGAGAUUGGCCACUGUUGUUGCGAAAGCAAGCAAAGCUACGAUAAAGCUUCCACAGCAACAUGGACAACUUCAAAGAAUCGAGGGAGGUUUUUGGGGGAAGGAGCAGGGGAUAGAGAAAGAGAAGAGGAGAGAGAGAGAGAAGAGGAGGAUUAAGGGUCCGGCUGCAGUAGACGCCGGCAGGGCUCGUGGCCCAAUAGACCUUCUUCACAAGAAGAAGAGGAGAGAAGAAGAUGACGACAUCCCAAUUGAUGCACUUGAUAUUGAUGAAGACGCCGAGCAGCCAAAUGAUGCAGUUGAGCAAAUGGAUUGGCCUCAGCAAGUUAUCUACUGGAAGAGCAUCGCGGCAAUGAACGAAUCAUUACGCCGCGAGAACGAGAAUAAAUUCAAGGGUAUGAUUGCUGCAGACCGUGUAAAGAUAAGUGCUCUUUCUGUGAAGGUGGCUAAGCUGUCUGCUCAAAAUAGAAGACUGAGAGAGGAACUAAGCGAAGCACGAUCCGGAACCCUCUCUGUAUACAAGGAUAAGAGCCCUACAGGAUUGGUGUCCAGCCCAUUGAUGGAGCCGCAAACUUGUACAGACACUCCAGGCACCGUGGGUGGCAUUGAUGUACAGUACGAUGGGGAUGUCAAUAAAUCAUUAUUAUUUGAUGAAGCUAAUAAGGAGAGCGAGGCCCCUCCAACAGGGAGGGCCUCUCCACAACCAUUGUUUUCUGAUAUCCACAAGGAGAGUGAAGAUGCUCCGCCAGGAGAAUUACCUCCACCAGAGGCAUCUGCUGUUGACAAGGCCCUUGAGGCAGAAAUAAACGAGGGAGAGAAGGUGUCCCCGCCAGCGAAGGAGCUACUAACUUGUACAGAAACAGGCACUCAACGCGAGGGCACUGGAAGGGAAAUAACGCCGGCGGUUGAAGUCCCUUCUGCAGGUGAUGGGGAGACGCAAACUUGUAUAGACACUCUGCGGGAGGACACUAGGAUGGAAAUAAAGCAAUCAGAGAAGGCUUUGGCCGAGUCCCCCAGGUGUUGCCGUGUUGUGUCCGUUGUCCGGUUCUGUGGUUUAUCUGAGCUUCUUUGUCGAUCCAGACUCUGA